AUUUCCCCUGUAGGCUACAGCUCGACAGCAAGACUCUCCAAACCUGUCACAUGUGUAACUCUCGCCUCAGUCAACGCAAACAGUGCGAGCUCCCCGAGCCUGUGCCUUUUUGUAUUUAUUUAUUUUUUUCUGUUUACAUGAAUUUGCUCCUUUAUUCCUUCACGACUGGAAGGGAGGUGAUUCUCCUCGGCCGCCAUUUUUAGGGAACUGCCUAUCGAAGAGAGAAACUUUGCUGUCUGAUCGUUAGCAGAUAGCUGGUUGGGCAGCUCGUUGUGACAGUAAACGCCUGACAGUCUGCAGCCAGGUUGAUAUAAAUGAUCCCUGCGGGCCGCCGGUGUGCACGACAGACACAUCUGGUAGUGCCGAAGUGAACGCCUGAGGGUCGACUCGCAGUCAGCGUCGUCUUUAUAUCGGCUUUCAGAGCAAAUGUGCGAUUAGACAGGCGAUUUAGCAUUGCUAACUUAUUAGCUUUGAUUGCCUCGUCUGUGAUUCAGCGGCUGUGUUCAUGGUGACCGGAUUAAUCCGCCGCUCGCACACCGCCCCAACCUGCGUGGAUUCAUCUCGACCAGGUGCCCAUGUGCUGGUUCCCUAGGCCCAUCCAUUACUGCAGAUGAAUCUUCAGCUGCUUCGGCGUAGCUCAGCACCCAGAUAGUCCCAUCCCCUUUGCGUGGGUGAUAAGGGACUACAUUUUACAGGAUGCCCUCCUCUGUAAGGGCAGGGAGCCUGAAGGAUCCAGAGGUGGCUGAGCUUUUCUUCAAGGAAGACCCAGAGAAGCUUUUCUCUGACCUCCGAGAGAUUGGCCAUGGCAGUUUUGGCGCUGUCUACUUUGCACGGGAUGUGCGCACCAAUGAGGUGGUGGCAAUUAAAAAGAUGUCCUACAAUGGCAAACAGUCUAAUGAGAAAUGGCAGGACAUCAUAAAGGAGGUGAAGUUUCUGCAGCGGAUCCAACACCCCAACAGUAUAGAGUACAAAGGCUGUUACCUCCGUGAGCACACAGCAUGGCUGGUGAUGGAGUACUGUCUUGGCUCAGCCUCUGAUCUGCUUGAAGUUCAUAAAAAACCUUUACAAGAAGUGGAGAUUGCUGCCAUUACACAUGGUGCUCUGCAGGGGCUGGCCUACCUUCAUUCCCACAAUAUGAUCCACAGGGAUGUGAAGGCAGGUAACAUUCUGCUGACUGAGCCUGGGCAGGUCAAACUGGCAGACUUCGGCUCUGCCUCCAUUGCCUCACCUGCCAACUCCUUUGUGGGAACGCCAUAUUGGAUGGCCCCGGAGGUGAUUUUAGCUAUGGACGAGGGCCAGUAUGAUGGGAAGGUGGAUAUUUGGUCCUUAGGUAUCACCUGUAUAGAAUUAGCGGAGAGGAAGCCUCCCUUGUUUAACAUGAAUGCAAUGAGUGCCUUAUACCACAUAGCGCAGAAUGAGAGUCCCACACUGCAAUCCAGUGAAUGGACGGAUUACUUUAGAAACUUUAUCGAUUCAUGCCUUCAGAAACUCCCCCAGGACAGACCACACUCUGAUGACAUGCUGGGUCAUGCGUUUCUGCAGCGUGAACGUCCAGACUCCGUGCUGAUGGAUCUUAUUCAGAGGACCAAGGAUGCAGUGCGAGAGCUGGACAAUCUGCAGUACCGCAAGAUGAAGAAGAUCCUGCUGCAGGAGGCCCACAACGGGCCCACAGCAGAGGUCCAGGAUGGGGACGAGGAGCUAGAGCCGGGAGGCGGUCGGACCGGAACGGUGAACAGUGUCGGCAGUAAUCAGUCCAUACCCAGCAUGUCCAUCAGCGCCAGCUCCCAGAGCAGCUCUGUCAACAGUCUGAACGAAGCGGCCCAGGACAGCCGCAGCGAGCUGGACCUUAUGGAGGGAGACCACACAGUCAUGUCCAACAGCUCCGUCAUACAUCUCAAACCGGAAGAAGAGGAGAGUUUCUCUGGGGAGCCGGCAGCCACCAGUCAACCCUCUGAGCCGCAGCCAACACCUGCUCAGGCCCCAAGGAAGCACUACCGCAACAGAGAGCACUUUGCCACCAUACGCACAGCGUCACUCGUGACCCGUGAGAUGCAGGAACACGAGCAGGACUCAGAGCUGCGGGAGCAGAUGUCGGGAUACAAGCGCAUGAGGCGGCAACAUCAGAAACACCUGAUGGCGCUGGAGAACAAGCUGAAGGGGGAGAUGGAUGAGCACAGGCUGAGGCUGGACAAAGAGCUGGAGAGCCAGAGGAACAACUUCACCCAAGAAAUGGAGAAGCUGCUCAAAAAACACCAGGCGGCCCUGGACAAAGACCUGAAGACGUUUACCAACGAUGAGAAGAAGUUCCAGCAGCACAUCCAGGUGCAGCAGAAGAAGGAGCUCAGCAGUUUCCUGGAGUCACAGAAGCGGGAGUAUAAACUACGCAAGGAGCAGCUCAAAGAGGAACUGAGUGAGAAUCAGUCGACUCCCAAGAAAGAGAAGCAGGAGUGGCUGUCCAAGCAGAAGGAGAACAUCCAGCACUUCCAGGCAGAGGAGGAGGCAAACCUGUUGAGGAGACAGAGGCAGUACCUGGAGCUAGAGUGUCGGCGGUUCAAACGCAGGAUCCUCAUUGCCAGACACAAUGUGGAGCAGGAUCUGGCCAGAGAGGAGCUGAAUAAACGGCAGACACAGAAGGACCUGGAACACGCCAUGUUGCUCAGACAUCAUGAAUCAAUGCAGGAGCUGGAGUUCAGGCACCUGGGGACGAUCCAGAAAGCGCGGGCAGAGUUGAUCCGCACCCAGCACCAGACAGAGCUCACCAACCAGCUGGAAUACAAUAAGAGGAGGGAGAGGGAGCUGAGGCGCAAGCAUGUCAUGGAGGUCCGACAGCAGCCCAAGAGCCUCAAGUCUAAGGAGCUUCAGAUUAAGAAGCAGUUCCAAGAGACUUGUAAAACCCAGACCAGGCAGUACAAGGCCCUCAGGAACCAUCUGCUGGAGACUACACCCAAGUCUGAUCACAAGGCUGUGCUCAAGAGGCUGAAGGAGGAGCAGACCAGGAAGCUGGCCAUCCUGGCUGAGCAGUAUGACCACUCCAUCAAUGAAAUGCUCUCUACACAGGCUCUGCGGUUAGACGAGGCUCAGGAAGGCGAGUGUCAGGUUCUAAGGAUGCAGCUGCAGCAGGAGCUGGAGCUGCUCAAUGCGUACCAGAGCAAGAUCAAGAUGCAAACAGACGCUCAGCACGACAAGGAGAGGAGGGAACUGGAGCAGAGGGUCUCUUUGCGUAGGGCUCUGCUGGAGCAGAAAGUAAGAAAGGCCCUGGACUUUGUUUGGUGUUGUCUAUUGUCAGGAUGUGUGUUAAUAAAUUUGAGUGACAGUAGACACUAAGGGCUGAUUCAGACC